AUGACACUGACAAUGCGUCCAUUAGAAGACUAUGACAUCUCUCCUGUCACUGGUUUUCUACCAUCGAAACCUCCAUUAAAGCGUCUGACAAAUGAAUACUUUGCCCCUUGGGAGAACAUGAUGGACAACUUUAACGGCUUAUUAUUGGCUGGAAGAUUGCGUGAAAAGAUACACGAGUUGCCUCUACUUGAUGCCAAUAGAUUAGGAUCUAUAGAAGAAUAUAGACGUGCAUUUCUCAUUCUCUGUCUUUUGUCUCACGCCUAUGUUUGGGGAAAGCUUGAGCUUGCAUCAGAGACACUUCCAUCACAACUGGCUGUCCCAUGGACAAAAAUUGCUGACCAUCUGGGUUUGUGUCCUGUCGUAUGUCAUGCUGCAGUAGCAUUAUGGAACUAUCGUUUACUUGAUGAGGAUGGCCCAAUUGACUUAAGUAACCUGGCAAUCAUGGGCACUUAUUCUGGUUCUCUCGAUGAAGCAUGGUUCUACCUUGUGACAACCUCUAUAGAAAGUGCAGGCGCACCCUGUGUAUCUCAAAUCAUGGCAGCCAUCGAUAAUAUCCAAGACGGCAAUUAUACUGGCCUUAAAGCCAAUCUUGAAACGAUCCGUGAUUCUAUUGCUGAAAUGACACAAGUUCUCACGCGCAUGUACGAAAAAUGUGAUCCUUAUGUCUUUUAUUGGAAAAUCCGACCUUACCUAGCAGGCUGGGAAAAUAUGGCCGAAGCAGGGUUACCUCUUGGUUUGAUAUAUGAAGGGGUUGAUCUGUGGUCAGAACAAACGGAUGAGUACGCCGACAUGUCACAUCUUGAUAGUGCACAACGCUUAUUGCGCCAGUACAGACGGUACGCUGGUGGAAGUGCUGCGCAAAGUAGCUUGAUUGCUGCUCUUGAUGUAGCCUUUGGUGUUGAGCACCAUCGUACUGGAGAGAAGCCAACAGUGAUCAAGCCCUCGGAGCUGCCUGCCGACCGAUAUACCAAAUUACCUGCACCCAAUCCUGCAGACGAACUGAAUGGCUCGGCAGAAACACCACGUACACCUCCACAGUUCAAGCGAACGAACCACAAUGCCUUCUUGAGAGCCAUGCGCAAGUACAUGCCAAGAUCUCAUCGUGAAUUUUUAGAAGACCUAGAGGUCGCUGCCAACAUCCGUCCGUUCAUGCUUCAACUCGAGGAACAACAUAGACAAGGCACAAUUACAGAAGAAGAGAUUGAAUUGGUCGAGGUGUAUAAUCAAUGUCUACACCAGCUCAAACUGUUCCGUGACAAACACGUUCAAAUCGUCACUCUCUACAUCGUCAACCAGGCACGUAAGGGCCCUAAUAUUCCUCAUGGUGGAUUCGCCAUUCAACAAAAGAAGACAGAAAAGACGCAUUCAUCACAACACAACGACCUUUAUCCACAAACACAACUCGAGACAGCACCUGGUAUCAAGAAGGACUCUAAAACCGAAAAAGUCACUCAGAUGUUUCCUCAACUGGGACUUGCUCGUACCAUAGGCUCUGAUUCCAAAGUGGUCCGUGGUACGGGCGGAACAAACGUAAUGCCGUUCUUGAAGCAAUCUCGGGAUGAAACGAAUGAUAUGAAGAUUCAGUUGAAAGAAGCUUCAACAAAAGAAGCCUCGAAACAAUCUUGGUCAGAAUGGUUUCUUGGCCGAUAA